AUGGCUCCCUCGGCCGUCGACCAACCCGCCAUCAAGGCGCCCGAAGUGAAGACAUACCCUCCCGCCAAGAUCUUUCCUGUCAAGGAGACGCGCUUCGAGAACUUUAUAGAGCCAUCAACGGAUGGAAGAGAACGCGCACUGAAGCAAACCGAAAGCUCAGCUAUCGUUAUUGACAAUGGAUCUUCAACCGUACGCGCCGGCUGGUCGUUCGAGUCGAAGCCGAGAUUCAGCAUACCCCCCAUCAUGGCUAAGUACCGCGAUCGAAAAUUGGGCAAGACUUUCUCUUUUGCUGGAUCCGACUGUUACGCCGACACAACCGCGCGCGGCCAUAUCAGAAGCGCCUUCGAAGCCGGAACAGGAAUUGUCAGCAACUGGGAUGUGAUGGAACAUGUGUUGGACUACAUCUUUCUAAAGCUGGGCAUGAACGAUGCGGAUGGCGCUAUCGAAGUUCCUAUUGUCAUGACAGAGGCUGUUGCCAAUUUGCCAUACUCAAGGAAAUCCAUGACUGAGAUUAUCUUCGAAUGUUACGGUGCGCCUUCUCUGGCUUACGGAAUCGAUUCCCUCUUUUCAUAUAGACACAACAAGGGCAAGACUGGUCUCGUGGUCUCUUCAUCUUACACAUCAACACACGUUAUCCCUGUGUAUAACAACAAGGCCCUACUCGGCCAAGCCACGCGACUGAACUGGGGAGGUUAUCACAAUGCCGAGUAUCUUCUCAAGCUACUUCGACUCAAAUACCCUGCCUUCACUGGCAAGACUAACGUGUCGCAAGCCGAGCACAUGCUCCGCGAUCAUGGCUACGUAUCCCAGAGUUACGACGAAGAACUCGCCAGCUACCUUGAGUGGAAGGACCUGGAGGAUCGAGAUAUCGUUGUGCAAUACCCAUACACAGAAGUUGUGGUUGAGCAGAAGACUGAGGAAGAGCUGGCUAAAAUUGCAGAGCGCAAGAAGGAGAGUGGGCGAAGGCUGCAACAACAAGCGGCCAAGAUGCGCCUGGAGAAGCUCAUGAAAAAGGAGCAGGAUCUGGAGUACUACAAGAACCUUCAAAGGAACAUUACGGAUGUGACGAAGAAGGAACUCAGACGCCAACUCGACAGCAACGACAUUAAGGACGAGAACCAGCUGGAGAAGAUCAUCAAGGAUCUAGAAAAGGCCGUCAGGAAGGCUCGAACAAAGGAUGUUGGCGGUGACCCCGAGGAGGAACAAGAGCAGCCCAAUUUUGAUCUCCUCGACAUCCCUGAUGAUCAGCUUGAUGACGCCCAGAUAAAACAGAAGCGUCAGCAACGUUUGCUUAAAUCAAACCAUGAAGCUCGAGCGCGCGCAAAGGCCGAGAAGGAGGCCGAAAAGGCACGCGUUGUCGAGGAAGAACGUGCCGACACCGAGCGAAGAGAGAAUGACCUCGAGAACUGGCUUGAGGAGAAGCGCCAGCGAAGAGCCGAGACACUACAAAAGAUGAAAGAGCGUGAGCGCCUAAAGCAGGAUCUAGGCAACCGAAAAUCCCUUGCUUCGCAGAUCCGCAUGAAGAGCAUCGCCAACUUGGCCUCGGACAACCCAACCAAGAAGCGACGCCGUGGUGGUGACGACGAUAAUUUCGGUGCAGAUGAUGACGACUGGGGUGUUUAUCGCCAGAUUGCCGUGGGCGACAACAGUGAUGAUGAGCAUGAGGAGGAAGAUCUUAACUCAACACUCAAGUCUCUAGAGCAAGACCUAUUGCGCUAUGAUCCUGACUUCGAUUACGAGAAUACUCACGAAGCUCAGUCUGACUGGUCCAAAUCUCUACUGCACGCCUUCGCGCGAGGUCCCCGACCCUUUGAUCCCUCUUCACAGGCUGAGCUCAACCAGAUCCACCUCAACGUUGAGCGCAUUCGUGUCCCCGAAGUUGUUUUCCGCCCCUCGAUUGCCGGUGUGGACCAGUCGGGAAUUGUCGAGAUUGCUGGUGAUAUUCUCAACCAACGAUUGGGCAACAUUCCCAACCGCGAUGAUUUCCUUCGUGAUGUAUUCUUGACUGGUGGAAACACGCUGUUCAAGAACUUUGACGACCGCAUUCGCGACGGUCUCCGCGCUCUUCUUCCUGCCGAUUCACCAUUGAAUGUGCGUCGUGCGGAAGAUGCCCUACUGGAUGCUUGGAAGGGUGCCGCGGGCUGGGUUGGAACACCUGCUUGGAAGACGGCAAAGAUCUCGAGAGAGGAAUACCAAGAAAAGGGACCGGAGUAUAUCAAGGAACACGACAUGGGUAAUUCUUAUGCGUAG